UUAAUUACGAGUAUAAAUAUUGCACCGAUUUUGGUAAUGGAUAUCAAAUCAUCUUUAGCUUUCGCUUAAGCAAUAGUCACAGAAAAGAAACACCUAACACUUCAACAUGUUCAAAUACGCCGUUGCUCUCUUCGCUCUCAUCGCUUGCGCUGCUGCUAAACCCGGCAUCCUGGCUGCUGCUCCUUUGACUUAUGCUGCACCUGCCGCUUUUGUUGCCGCUCCAGCUCCUGUGGUUACUGCCACCAGCAGUCAAGUGAUCGCACGCAAUUACAAUGGUAUCGCUGUUGCUCCACUCGCCGCUCCAAUUGUUGCUCGUUACGCUGCCGCUGCUCCUUUAGCUGCUGCUGCUCCAGCCGCCGUUGUUGCUGCACCAGCUCCUGUGGUGACUGCUACCAGCAGUCAAUUUAUUGCACGUAAUCACAAUGGUUUUUCCGCCGCUCCCGUCAUAGCGCAAUAUGCCGCUGCUCCAGUUGUUGCUCGUUAUGCGGCUGCCGCUCCUCUGGCCACCCCAUUUGCUGCGCAUUACGCCGCUGCUCCUCUUCUUUGGUAAAGGAAUUGG